AAAUGAGCAGAACGUAUACAGGUCGGGUGGCCUGUAGUUACUCUGCGGCAUUUGGCUUGUAGAUUGGUCCGAAUUUACUUUCUUUUACCUCCACCAUCAACUUGAUGCCUGAAGGUCGGAACUGCAGGCCGAUGUUUUCCUGGCCAUGUGAAAUGUGAAAAGUGCCAUCAUGACCUGUUUCGUACAUGCUCGCUCCCUGGAUACCACGGAGGCGCCAAGGAAACACAUUAUUCUUGGUGCUCGAGAAACUUGCUUUUGAACCCUCAGAAUUCCUCGGCUUCAAGACCGGCACCAGCCUAAACAUCCUUACUUUUCUCAUGAUCUGCUACCAUUUUGGUCCUACAUCCAACUCUUUCUCUGAUUAUUAUCCCAAGCGAGCUUGGCGUGGAAUAGUUUUUGGGUCAUGCCCACAUAUGUUUGGCUUUUUGGAAGCCUUUUUCACGUAUCUGGUGAAACGAUGGGUUUGUGGACGUCCUGGCAACUGCCCUUCAGAUGAUUGCCGCCGUGCGCUGAAAUCUCCGCUUCUAGACUCUGGACGAGACCACCGACUUGAAAGGUUUCCAAUAAUGACACCAUAAUUCUAUGACUUCACACAGACACUACGCACGCCUAACGCUCACAUUACCUGUUUACUUUUUUUUCCUUUACCAUGACCUCCAGCUGGUUCAUUUUCCGCUCACGAUGAUGAGAAACGCGCACUUUCUUCAGUCAAACUCUACUGUAUCGUU